AUGGUGGGAAAGGUGAUUGGGCAUGAAGAGUUCGCCUUCAGCGAUGGCGGCUUCCUCCUGGGCGAGGAGCCGCUGCUGGAGCAGGCGCUGCUUCCGCACGAUAUCAAGGCCGCGCUCCAGCUACUCGGGAGGUCGGCCGCCACCAGGACAAGGAGUGGACGUUUGUGUACCCGGUACCCGCUGCAUGAGCCGCCUGAACUGUACAGCCGGAGGGACGACCUGCGGGAGCUACAUAACCUCGCCGGGGUGCCCGAGCGCGCUGGGGUGAGGAAGAGGGCGGGGGCGAAUGUGCCUGCGGAUCACGAUGGAUAG